AUGAAUUUCGCCGUCAUUGUUCUAAUAUUCACAGCUGUUACUGCAGUACCCGACUGCUACUUGCCGUUCUUAUCGGCGACGGACUCCUGUAAAUCGGAAAAUGAUUGUAGUUCAGGAGCUUGUGUCUACAGUAUCAACCGCUUGCAACGAGUAUGCUGUGAGCCCAAGGCAGGGGCUGUACAACCGCUUUGUCCGUCGGGCAAGCCGUCAGCUGUACCACUGCUGUGCGAUCCCAACAGUGAAGCCGAUGGCUGUCCAGAUGGCUAUGAAUGCCGGGAGAGUACCACAGAGUUUGAGAAGAACGGUGGAGAGCCCAAUUACCUUUGCUGCCGCUAA